CUAUCUAAUUCAUUCAAUUUCAUUUAAACAUUAGCAUAAAACUUCAGAAUACUGAAGUAUUUUACUUGAACUGUAAUGCUGUUCCAUUCAUUUCAUGGGCUACUGUUGGUGGUGAUUGGAUGAAUAUUUGUUCAAUACUGAUAAGAGAAACAAGGAAAGAAUAUGCUCGAUCUGUUCACGUUUGAAGGAAAUGGAGUAAAUGUUUGAAUGGGAUCUUUGAAAUAUUUCUGCUAUCUGCAUCAACAUGAGUAUUUAUUUGAAUAUUUAUUAUAAGCUGCAGCAGAAAGCUUAUUAUUUUCUCUCUUCAUUAAUGCCAGUCAAAUAACAAACUUGGAUAGAUUUACAAUUCAUUUCAUCCAAUACUUUUGUCUGUUAUUUCCAGUAACCUGGAAUCUCUAAAAGCUAUCAAGCAUUGCAUAUAUCAAAUGGAGAGGGAUUUACCACUACUUUUGGCUGCUUUUAUAAUGGAAAAUCAUCUGAACAAUACAAGCUGGGUUAUCACACCUGAACAGAUAUUGUGUGCCACAUGUUAAUACGUAAAUUGCGAAAAUAUGGAUGGGGCUCUAAAUAUUAGACACACCUACAGUUUGUAUUAGAGCAACUGUCUUUGGAGAGGGGAGAAGCGGCAGUGUCCAGGGUGAGCUUCGUCCUUGAUUAUGCUGUUAACCUUGCUGAGGUUCCGUGCAGUGUAGAUGGAGUCCAUGGAAGGUAGAAAAUUAGAGGUCACUGAGAAUUUCUCUAACAUGCCUUCUCAACGUGCCACUGUCAGCAAUGCUGAAUGCAAGGUUGUGCCCCAUACCAGGGUUGAUGAUGAAUUUGCUAUCCGGCAAAUAUACAGCUUUGGCCAAAGAUUAGGACAAGGCAGCUAUGGUGUGGUGAUUGAGGCCACCCAUAAUAGGAGUGGCAAAAAGUGGGCAAUCAAGAAGGUGAACCGAGAAAAGGCAGGGAGUUCGGCUGUGAAGCUACUGGAACGAGAAGUCAAUAUCUUGAAGCAAGUGAACCAUGAACAUAUAAUUCAUUUAGAAGAGGUGUUUGAAACACCCAAACGAAUGUACCUGGUGACGGAGGUCUGUGAAGGUGGAGAGCUCAGUGCAAUCCUUCACAGAAAAAAACAUUUAAAUGAAAAUGAAACAAGGCAUGUGAUUCAUAGCCUAGCAAGUGCAAUUGCUUACUUACAUAAGAAUGACAUUGUCCAUCGGGAUCUAAAACUAGAAAACAUCUUGGUUAAAAACAUUGAAAACAGCAGUGAACUUGAUAUGAAGUUAAACAUCAAGGUGACUGAUUUUGGACUUUCUGUGCAAAAAGGGGGUGUUGGUAGUGACAAAAUGUUGCAGGCAACCUGUGGAACACCUAUGUAUAUGGCUCCGGAAGUUCUCAGUGCACACCAGUACACUCAACAGUGCGACACAUGGAGCAUAGGAGUCAUUAUGUAUACAUUGCUCUCCGGAGCACCACCAUUUGUGGCAAACUCAGAAGAGAAGCUUGCUGAAUUGAUAAACAGAGGGGAGCUUCACCUAGACAGCUCAGUUCUACAAAAGAUUAGUGAUGGUGCAAAGGAUGUGCUCUCACGUCUCCUCAAAGUGGAUCCUGCCCAUAGAAUCACAGCCAAUGAGCUCCUUGACAACCCAUGGGUCACGGGUGAUACAGCCACACAAAGACCAUCCAAUGUGCUUGAAAUGAUGAAGCAGUGGAAAGAUGACCUGGAUGGAGAUGAAGAAGGAUUAAAUUCAAAUAUUUCUCUACCAAGCAGUGUUUGCCAAAAUAGACGGACUAGCCAAGAAGAUGGAGAGAGUCCUACCAGCAGCAAUUAUGUCUCUGAUAGUUCCAGAGAAAUUGAUGCUGGCAGUAAUCAGCCCUACACUCCAGCAAAGCAGAGCGUUAAGAAGAAUAUCAUUGCCGCCUUUCCUGGUGACGGGCCAUUUGCUUUGAAGAAAACUAACAAGUUCAGCAAUAAUCCUCCUGGGAACAACAAGGCUUCUCCAAAACUAAGCAUGAAACGAUCACCAUUGCAAGAUAAACAAGCGUGGUCACCCACACAUCUGAACACAGCAAUAAGAUCGGGUUCAAUCUCUGGUAAGCCAGAGCUACGUAGAUCCAUAACCCCAACCAAUAAUGGCUCUGGAUAUAAACACACAAUUAAGUCUAUUCCCAAAACCAAAAAGAGCACAUAGAAUAUAGAAUUUUAACAGCAUACCCACCUAUCUUCAAAAUGAGCCAAAGGCAAUACUUCAAAAAGGACAAUGGAUUAGAGUCCAGGAUGAAUGUUGCUUUUCUUUGUGCCACUGACCACAAUGAACGCUGAUGGGCAUGAAGCUUUUUUUUCCAAUUUCCUCAAUAUGUUUCACAUGAUUUAUUCAAAUUGCAAAAACGAAUUGAACCAAGGAAAUUGUUCACAUUAACUUUCUUGAGGUGUACAUUGAUUCCUUUAGGUAGAGUCUGGGUUAAAGAGGUGUUAAUACUGUUGAAAUCAGAAAUAAUUUAUUUAAAGUAUUUGUCUUUGUUUUGUUUGCACAUUAGAUUCACUGUCAUUGCUUAUUUAUUUUGUGGCUGCCUGCUGAAAGUUGGAAGGAGCCAAUGUUACCGGCAAGAAUUAGAACAUAUUUUUCUGUACAGAUAAUUGUCUAAGCAUGAAGAAAUGUAUUUUUCGUCAAUUAUUUAAAGGACUUGCAUCCACCACAAGUAUUCAGCCAUUUUUAAUCUAUAAAUUGAAUUGACUGCAGUGUUAUUCUUAGGAGUUGCAAAUUGAACAAUUUGCCACUGACUUCUACAAAGGAUUAAAACAUGUAAUAUAUGUUAGAUAAACAACCUCUUAUUUUCUCAAUAAUUCAUGUAAAAAUGUUCUUUAUGUGGCUAAUUGUAAUGCAAAUAAAUGGGGUUGUAGCUGACUGUACAUAGUAUAUUAUUCUGUUUAAAUGUGUUUAGUUAUCCUGAGAUGCUUUGGAGAAUUACAUCAUGCACCAGGAAUCCCGAGAUGUAUUAAUUGUGCAAGUCCAUCCAGAUAACUGGAGAAAGAUUCAGAUGAAUGAUGAAUGAAUAACUAUUAUUUUGAAACCAUAUGCAGGCCUUUAAAAAGCAAAUGGAAAAUAGAUUACGAAGGCUGUGAUUUUUCACCUGUUAUGUGGUUCCAGUUAUUUUAUGAGCUGGUUUAACUUUUAAUACUUUUCUUUCAAAGUAUUCAUAUUAGAAAGUUUUUUUUUCUCAAGGUAAUACUAUGCCAGUUGUAAAUUUUACAUUAAAUAUAACUUGAUAUUAAUACUUAGCUACUAUUUCAUCACAACUCUGUAAUAAAGAUGUCUGUGGUUCAGGAGUAUUAUAAAAAUGCUAACUAUAAAAUAAAUUGUCUUUCUAUAACCUA